AUGCAGGAUUACUUGUCAAGUGGUCACAUGGAACUUGUGCCAGUGUCUGAACGCGACAAUCCAGUGAAUUACUAUAUACCACAUCAUUGUGUCAUAAAACCUGACAGCAAGACAACAAAAUUGCGUGUUGUAUUCAAUACUUCAGCCCGUACUUCAACCGGAGCCUCUCUGAAUGAGAGUAUGUAUACUGGUCCAAAGUUGCAACCAGAUAUUCAAGUUGUAUUGCUCCGCUCUCGUCUCUGGAAGUACCUGUUUAUGGCUAACAUAAAACAGAUGUACCGCCAAAUCCUAGUUCAACCUUCAGAUCGAGACUAUUUGAGAAUCCUGUGGAGAUUUUCACCCUCGUCUCCAAUUGAUGAAUAUCGGCUCUGUACAGUUACGUAUGGAACGUCAGCAGCAUUUUUUCAAGCUCUGCGAACUAUUCGUCAUCUUGCUACACUGGACGGUGCUAAGUGGCCGGUAGCCGCUGACGUUUUACUCAAUGACACUUUUGUCGACGAUAUUUUAACUGGUGCAAACUCAGAAGAAGACGCUCUCAACUGUCAAGACCAAUUGAUAAACCUUUGUGCACUCGCUCAAUUUGAGCUCCGCAAGUGGGCCAGCAACAAUGUACAACUUCUACAAAUGGUCCCACCAGAAUCUCGUGCAAUGUCCGUCUCAGUCUUGUUCGACAGUGACAAACUCUCUGAUUUGAAAGUAUUAGGGUUAAAAUGGGACCCAUCUGCUGACAUUUUUUCCUUUAAAGCUCAGCCAUCGAUGAAUCAACCGACAAAACGAUCUGUUCUGUCCGACAUUGCUCGUGUCUUUGAUCCGUUAGGACUGUUGUCACCCAUGACCUUUUUCACAAAACACAUCAUGCAACAGCUGUGGACCUCCGGUAUCAACUGGGAUGACCCAGUUCCCUCUGACAUUGCCUCCCUAUGGGCCCGAUAUCAGUCUGAACUGCAGCUAAUUGAAACCAUUAGUAUUCCUCGUUGUAUUACCUAUGAUCAUGCUAUUUCUGUACAACUCCAUGCCUUUUCUGAUAGCUCUGAAAAAGGUUAUGCCGCGGCAGUAUAUCUCCGUGUAGAGACAGUCACGUCAGUGUAUUGUCAUCUCAUAUCAGGAAAGUCAAAAGUAGCCCCUCUCAAGCGGUCCACAAUUCCCCGUCUGGAACUGUGUGGUGCCGUAUUGGCUUCGAAACUUCUCCGAUUGGUUGCUGACUCCUACACUAAUCGCAUAACUAUUGACGAACUCCACGCCUGUACUGAUUCCACCACAGCUCUCGUUUGGAUUAGGUCUUCCCCUCAUCGAUGGGCCACAUUCAUCGCGAAUCGAACCAGUCUGAUCCACGAUUUAACCACACCUGCAAUUUGGCGCCAUGUUCCCACGAAGGAGAAUCCAGUCGAUUGCGCAUCGCGCGGAUUGUUUCCUUCCGAGCUCCUCAACCACUCACUGUGGUGGACUGGUCCAUCAUUUUUACUGAGUCCUCCAGACAAAUGGCUAAAAUUACUGUUAACCAAAAUUGAAGAUUUCACUGGGCCCCCCUCAAGGGAAGCUCGAGUACCUACUGUGGUCACCGACACUGUAGACAUUCCGAUAAUCGAUUUGUUAAAUCCUCUGUCAAACGGUCUUCCCUGCUCAAAAUCUCUCCGACGUUUAGACCUGUUUCUUGACCCAGUUGGUGUUCUCAGAGUGGGCGGUCGGCUUCGCAACGCAGAAAUUCCAUACGUUCACAAACAUCCUGCUUUGUUGCCGUCCCGUCAUCGUUUAACUGAUCUAAUAAUUGAUCACAACCAUUGUGCAUUAAGCCAUCCAGGAGCCAUGACCCUCCAAUCACAUUUACACCUCAAACGGUUCAACAAAAAAUGGCUGCUCUACAGAGUACAACAGAUAAAACCAUUUGCUAUCUCAGGCGUUGAUUAUGCUGGCCCGAUAUCUAUCAAAGGAUCCCGUGGUCGCGCAUCAUCCAGGAGCUCUGCCUACAUUUGUUUAUUCGUCUGUACCGUAACCAAGGCAUUGCACAUAGAGCUCAGUUCUGACCUGUCAACGGAAAUUUUCCUCCUAGCGUUCACUCGUUUUGCUGCUCGUCGUGGACCGAUCAAAGAGAUCCAUAGUGAUUGUGGUACUAAUUUCGUUGGUGCCGCGAAUCUUUUAAACCCGCUAAAUAACUUCAUCGCAUCAGAAACCUAUCAACACAGUGUACGAAAUCAUUUGUCCAAGGACCAAAUUACUUGGUUUUUCAAUCCUCCGUCUUCUCCUCACUUUGGAGGACUCUGGGAAGCUGGAGUAAAGUCGACUAAGUCGUUAAUUUUUCGAUCCAUUGGAACCCAUAGACUCACAAGUGAAGAACUGAUCACUUUGUUGACAAAAAAUGAAGCCACUCUAAAUUCACGGCCUUUGUGUGCCCUUAGCAAUGAUCCCAAAGAUUUAGAAACUUUGACGCCAUGCCAUUUUUUAACGCUGGAACCAUCGACAUCUCUUCCGGACCCUUGUUUGGAAAACGUACCACUCUCAAAAAUGCAGCGUUGGCGCUUAGUUACUGAUCUCAACCGGUACUUGUGGACCAGAUGGAAAAAUGAAUAUUUGUCUACUCUCCAGCUGCGAAUAAAAUGGUCUGAUGAUGGAAAGCAGUUGAAUGUUGGAGACCUUGUCCUAAUAAAGGAACCCUCGCAUCCGCUGUAUUGGCGAUACGGACGUAUCACGGACCUCCACCCUGGUGCAGACGGGGUAUCACGCGUUGCUACUGUCCACACGUCGUCUGGAGUUCUAACUGAGUCCUUCGGGAAUGUGCUGCGUCAGCUGUCUUGGCGUACACAAUCACAUUGA